UGACGUCAGUGCAUAACUUUUAUGAAGACGUAGUUUCUUAACUAGGAAGUGAGCCACCAACAGUUCGCAAGGCAAAAUUUGGAGGAAAAAAAAAGUUCUGGAUUGAGAAACUGCUGGGCGGGUUUGCAAAAGGAAGGAGGGGGGAAAAGAGAGAGAAAAAACAAGCGAACACUCUGCCCUGAGUUGGCACAGUUGUUUAGGACCUCUGAAGGCACGUGCGGAGACUAGCUACUUGGACGUUGGGCAGCAGUGAGGCUGGCUGUGGUGGUGUGCCUGUUCUGACAUAUUGGUACAGAGCAAGGGCCCACGAUUUAGUCCUGGCACUUGGCCGUCUCGUUCAUAGCCCACACCCCUGGAGCGCCCACCAGUGAAGAGGUUAAGAGUGAAAAGCGGGAGAGGGAUUGGUGGCUGGGCAGGUUGGCGCAGGGUUGUUUGUCCAGAUGCUACGGUGAAGAUGAACGGGCAGGCAACAGGCAAAAGUUCAGCCAAGCGGAAGGGCAAGCAGAUCUCAUUCUUCGGUGAGAAUACCGGCACCGUUCAGGCGAGCCCGUCCCGCCUCCGGAAGAACGGGAUGAUCCGCGGUGAGGCAGAGGGCGGCCCGCUCAAAUCGCAGCCCCCCACGGUGCCCGAGACUCCAGCGAGGGGCGGGCAGUGCCAGUCUGUUGGCUCCGAUUUGGCAAUGAGCCAAGGGAGGGCUGUGGCAACUGGCAGCACCAUGCCCCCCAACUGGGCUGCGUCUGUCCUGAUCGACCGCCUACCUUCCAAGGGGAGCUUCAGCUGGCAACCCACUGGCUCCUGGACUCAAAGCGCAGCCCCAUUCUGUGCCAGUGUCGGAGCAGUGAGCAUCAUCGAUUCCAAUGCCACGGGUCCCUUCUCGCAAGCUCUGACAAAGCAAGGGGCCACAGCCCAACCACAGAAGCAGCAACACCGGCAGACCCAACUGCCUCUUCAAACCCAACAGCAACAACAGAACCAGCUAAAGCAGCACCUGCACACCCAACAGUCGAACCAGCUACAGCAGAAACAGCAUCAACUCCAACAGCAACAUGCGCAGACCCAACAGUCAGACCAACAUCAACUCCAACAGCAACAUGCGCAGGCCCAACAGUCAAACCAACUACAGUCAAACCAACAUCAACUCCAACAGCAACAUGCGCAGGCCCAACAGUCAAACCAACGUCAACUCCAACAGCAACAUGCGCAGACCCAACAGCCAAACCAACUACAGUCGAAUCAACAUCAACUCCAACAGCAACAUGGACAAGCCCAACAGUCAAACCAACGUCAACUCCAACAGCAACACGCGCAGGCCCAACAGUCGAACCAACUACAGUCGAACCAACAAAUAUUCCAACAGCAACAUGCGCAGGCCCAACAGUCAAGCCAACUACAGCAGAAACAACAUCAACUCCAGCAGCAACAUGCACAGGCCCAACAGUCAAACCAACUACAGUCGAACCAACAUCAACUCCAGCAGCAACAUGCACAGGCCCAACAGUCAAACCAACUACAGUCGAACCAACAUCAACUCCAGCAGCAACAUGCACAGGCCCAACAGUCAAGCCAACUACAGCAGAAACAGCAUCAACUCCAGCAGCAACAUGCGCAGACCCAACAGCAGAACCAACUCCAGCAGCAAUACCAGCAGAGCCAACUGCUGCAUCAACAUCAGCAGCAGCAACAAAGUAAUGAAGUUCUGCCUCAACGCCAAUUCUUCCAGUACCAGUACGGCCAGAACCAGAAGCAAGAGCUGCCUCCAAAUUCCGUAUUGAACAUUUUCCAUCAAGUCCACCAGCCAGCACUCCUUCCUCUUUACAGUCACCAAGCACCGACCACCUGCCAACAGCACCUGUUCCAGCAGUUCUUCCCUCACCAGCAGCCGCCUCAGUCUCUCGGUCUCCAGCGUGUACAGGCGAGCCAGGGGUCCGAGGCUUCAAUGCAUCACGUGGUUUCAACGGCAGCUCCAUUCCAACAGCAACUUGCUGAGGUUCAUGUCAGCAAAGGCCUUCAGAGGUCCACCCUGGGUGGACUCAAACAGGAACACGUAGCACCCCGCCAGCUGACGGUGGAAUUUCAGGCCCCUUUGGCAAAGCGGGCACAUUACCCCCUCAAGGAGAGGCAGGCGAAGCCCCCGGCGUUUGAGGUGCACAGGGUUGGGAAUCCAGCGGGUUCCACAGAGAGUGCUGGCCAGCGCUGGCCCCAGGCCUACGGGCCGGAACUGCAGAAGCUGCUCAAUGUGCCGCCCAGCCACUCCGGCCAGAGCCAGCUCAAACUGUUUGAGGCGGCCGGCCCGCAGGGCGCCCCACCCCGCGGGGGGGAGAGCUGGAGUCGGAGAGAGCCGGAGAGCAAAGAGCCGGCCCGGGAAACGGCCUCACUGGGCGAAAGCACCGCCGAUAGUCUCGUGCAACUCUCGAUGAAGAAAGAGGAGACAUCGGGCGAGGAAAAUGGACCACAGCCCCAACAGGAAUCCACAGAGGCCCCGUCCAAUUGGACCACCUCCGCUAAGACUGGAGAGAGUGACUCGCAAGAAGAAAGGCAGAGUGUGGUAGCUGGUCACCCGAAGGUCCCUGUGGGGUCUGCAUGUUCCAGAAGUCAGGUCGAUGACGGCUUUCUGCAGCCACUGGUAAUACCGGUAUCAGUGCCAGUCCGAAAGCUGGACCCUGUUUCAACCAGCACCGACAAGAAAGCGGAUGGGGAGUCCCCGAGGAACUCGGCAAACGACAGGAAUCUGUCGGAGCUCAAUCCAUCUCUAUUACCCACCCGCAGACGAAGAUUGAGUAAAGGGUCAGGAACAGAACACUCGGCCCAGGAGAACGCUAGCUCCAGAGGCCACGUGAACCUGACCGCAAAACUGAAGCGACGGCCAAGACCAGAGCCUCUCUUCAUUCCACCCAAACCCCUCAACCAUGUCUCUGUCAUCACAUACCCACCUGGCACCCUUUAUCAGAGCAACCUGCGCUCGCCCGUCAGACUGCUUGACCAUCCCAUGGACAAGAACUUCCAACCUCCACCCUACACCCCCCCACCUAUCCUCAGUCCCAUGCGGGAGGGCUCGGGACUCUACUUCAAUGCCUUCCUGUCGUCUUCAAGUGCCUCGUCUCAGCCGGUCACACCAAGGUCAACGCCGAAAGCCUGCUUAAGCCAAUCAAACAGUGUCGAUACUCCUCCUCCGGUUCUCUCCCUCAUGAGUGAAGUCACUCCAGCAAGCAUCGAACCACGGAUUAACAUUGGCCCACAGUUCCAAGCUGAAAUACCUGGUCUCCGUGAUUGGUCUUUGGCAGCAGCAGAUGCCAGCCACGCCGAUCUGGUCUUCAAACCGUGGGAGGGUCACAAAAUGACUCGGCUUAACCAGCAGAAAGUGGAUGACCUGAUGACACUGGCCUGUUCCAGCAUUUUACCAGGAGGCGGGACAAACCAGGAGCUCACCUUACACUGUCUCCAUGAGUCGAAGGGCAACAUACUGUCAGCCUUGAAUAUGCUUCUUAUUAAAAAGACUCCCCGGGGCAGGAGUAAGGCACUACUCAGUUACCAUUAUGCAGGGUCCGAUAAGUGGACGUCUACAGAGAAGAAGAUGUUCAACAAAGGGCUGGCAGCACACAAGAAGGAUUUCUUCCUUGUUCAGAAACUGGUGAAGACGAAGACAGUAGCCCAGUGUGUUGAAUUUUAUUAUACGUACAAGAAACAGGUCAAAAUCGGCAGGAACGGAGCGCUGAUAUUUGGCGAUGCUUCUGACAAUAAGAGUGAGGACGAGCCAGUGGAAAUUGACAGAAAGGAUUCUCUCCCUCGUAGAACCCGAGCACUUUACACAACAGAAGUUCAGGAAGAGGAGGAUGAGGAGGAAGAUGAAGAUGAGGAGGAGGACGGGGAGGAGGACGAAGAGGAAGAGGAGGAGGAUGGCCCAGUUCACAAGAAGCUGAUCCUCCCCCAGGCUAAGGUGGUGAAGACUGAACAGACCCCCGCAGCUCAGUCUCAAGGAGUUCACUUGCGGAAGAACCCUGACCCUACGUACCGAUGUAGCUACAGACCGCGACAGCCACCACUGGCCAUGGCACCACCCCGCAUGCCAGCCAGGAGCGAGCAGGCACAGUCGGGCGCCUCAGCCAAACACGCCAAACAGACUCCGGAGAAUAUCUUCCCCUGCAAGAAGUGUGGCAAGGUUUUCUUCAAAGUGAAGAGUCGGAGUGCGCACAUGAAGAGCCACAGUGUCCAGGAGAAAAAGCAAAGGGAGGCGGAGCUGAAGAGUCGUGUUACGGAGGAUGAGCAGAAAGAAGAGCAAGAGAAGUACAGUGAUUAUUCGGAUAGCUACCAGGAUGUGUGAAGAUGGAGAAGGAAUCUGGCUCCCCUCAACAGGUCUGCAAUCUCAACAGGACUCGGUCUGUUGGCCAUGACCUUCUCCUGAGAAGCUUCGCCUGUAUCUCUUUGUCAUCAUUUCUUGCCCAGCCCUGGCCUCCCAGGCAGGCAAGUGGGGCUAGUGUGCUUUUUAGGGCUGGAGUAACAGCAGUGUUGGCAAACCAAGAUUACACAUUGGAAAAUCUUCUGCACUUCUCAAUUGUACCUGCUUGAUGGAACACUUCCCUUCACCCGCCCUUUCCCUUUUAUUAAAUGUACGGUUGCACAACAGAGUUUCUGCACGGAUUGAGCGAUCGCUCGGGAACGGUGUUGCACAUGUGUAAAGUGUGGAAUUGAUUAAUCUUAUUGUUGCUCAGCAGAAACAGGCUUGGGACUUGUAUUCAACGUAAAGGAAUCACCGCAUUUGUAAUUUUACGUCACACUAUACAGAAUGACAUUGCAUGACUUCAGGCUGCAGUAAUAAAGAUGGACAGCCAUGACAAACUGUCAGUUUCAUACAACCUUACAUACACGCAGUUAGGCUGCUUGAGUUUGGUACUUCAUGUGAAAUCUUACCGAAGAUCUGAUUUGAACUCAGGGGUCAGAGCUGACCUGCUCCUCAGUAGCCUGUCCCUGAUGACCUAUCCCAUUGUCUUAAUGCACAUCCAUGUUUAUGGAACAUACUGAGAAUCUACCACCCGUGGGUGGUUUAUUCUUUGGACUUAAGUCAUUCAGCUUCCACAGUGCCCAGACCCGAGACAGUCUGGAUGUGUUGCCCUCUCAUCUGAGAUUGAAUGAUGAGGGUGCUGUUGUAUUGAGGUUGUAUGCUGGGGACUUGCAAUCUGUUACGUUCUUUCUCUGCAAGCAAGUUUGUGAAAUUUGCCGAGCUAGCGACUGGGUCUCACUUUCAAUGGGUGUCAUUUGUUUAGUCCUGGUCCUUCUAAGACUGUUGCCUUGAGACUGGUUCCACCGGUGUCAUCAACCACAUGUCCUGGCCCUCACCUGCAGUGUGCCACUGUCAUAUGAAACCAUGCUGCCCUUCAACUUGCUGCAAGUUGGCAAUCUUCCAGGCUGGCACAGGCCUUUUCAAAAAUAAUGACUGGCAAGCUAUCCAUUCUACCAGAUCUAUACCAUGGGAGAUUCAUAAUUUCCUUUGCUACCACUUCUCCUAUUUUUAAAUUACAUUUCCUCUGGCAUUUAUUUGAAGUGAACUUUAAUGAAUGAUGGGAGCUAUGCUUUGGUACCAUUGCCAGCUGUGGUUGGAUGUGUUCCCGGAGGCACGUGUCAAAUAUCCACAUUUUUAUAAUGGAUUAACCAUCUUUAAAUAGGGACAGACUAAGUAAAACAAAAAGCAGAUGUCCCCUUCAUUGGUUUUUGGGAAGGUUUUUCUCCCAGAGUUGCAGGCAGCUGGAUUUCUGGAGAGUUUGACGUUCCCUUCCCUUGGGCCAUGUAUUUGAAAAAAUAUUGCGCACUUGUGGCAAUCUUUAUUUGAUAUUUAAAAAAUUAGUUGGAUUAUCACAUCGCCUUUCGAGAUUUCUGGGUAGGUAACCCUUAAGCUGGGAAAUGUGUGGUCCUCUUAGCUCAGCGACUACUUCACCCGUUAAAAGCUGCUCUCGCUUGUAUUGCCACUGUAUGUAGAGCACACAGAGUAUCUGUAUUAUCCAGAUUACAGCUGUGGCUGUCAGCAUUGAAUUUAGCAGCCUGUUUUACUAUGGGCUUUGUAAAUACACCACAAAAGAUGAUGUUAUUUAUUCUUACUAUGGCUUAUUUGAUUUCUGUAUAAACUUUAUAAAGAUUUAUAAAGACUUUUAGUAAGGCUGGCCUGUAUAAUUUUUUUUGUGAAUGAUUUUGUACAUUUUGUUUUUUUUUGUCCCCUCCACCCCUCCCCUCUAAACCUUAUUUACACCGGCUUAUAACAGCAGGUUGGGACCCCCUCAUCACCUACAGAAUACAGUCUUUCUGCAAUGUAAUAUUUGUAUUUUAUUUUGUAUCAAUGAUUUGAAGCUUUGUUUUACAAAAGAAAGAGGUUGUAAAUAAACCAUUAUUAAAUGUAACUGCAGUUCAA